UAUAAGGUCUGCAGCUGUCAGGUGGAGGACACUGGCUGCUUUGCACCGGGGAACGACUUGCUUUAGGGAAUAAUCACAGCUCCAGACACCAGUACAACCAAACUAACCAUGUCUCAUGCUUGGGGAUACGCAGCGACCAACGGACCAGACAAAUGGGCUGAUAACUUCCCUAUUGCCAAUGGACCCCGCCAGUCUCCCAUUGACAUCCUACCUGGUGCGUCCGGAUACGACGCGGGGCUGAAGCCGCUCAGCCUGAAGUACGACCCCUCCACCUGCCUGGAGAUCCUCAACAAUGGACAUUCCUUCCAAGUGACCUUCGCAGAUGACACCGACAGCUCAACUCUGAAAGACGGGCCCAUCUCAGGGACCUACAGGCUCAAGCAGUUUCAUUUCCACUGGGGAGCUUCUGACGACAAAGGCUCUGAGCACACCGUGGCCGGGACCAAGUAUCCUGCUGAGCUCCAUCUGGUGCACUGGAACACCAAAUACGCCAGUUUUGGAGAGGCUGCUAGCAAACCUGAUGGGCUCGCUGUUGUUGGAGUUUUCCUGCAGAUUGGUGAUGCAAAUGCCAGUCUCCAGAAGGUUCUCGACACCUUUAGUGACAUCAAGGCCAAAGGCAAGCAGACCACUUUCUCUGGCUUCGACCCUUCCACAUUGCUUCCUGGUUGCCUAGACUACUGGACCUAUGAUGGCUCCCUGACCACCCCCCCUCUGCUGGAGAGCGUUACCUGGAUUGUCUGCAAAGAGCCAAUCAGUGUCAGCUGUGAGCAGAUGGCCAAAUUCCGCAGCCUGCUCUUCUCUGCUGAGGGCGAGACCGAGUGCUGCAUGGUGGACAACUACCGGCCUCCCCAGCCGCUCAAGGGUCGCUCUGUCCGUGCUUCCUUCAAGUAAAACCCCUUCCCCCCUUUUUGGCCCUUUCUGCCCUUUUGGCCCUCUCCCUUCCCCCUCCUUUUAGUCAGAGUUACCUCUCUUGCAGUGAGCCACAAAGCACACAUAUCUCUUUCCGUCCAAUUUUAUAAAAAUAAAUGUAAUUCCUGUGGCCCAUUGCUUUACAUGCUGGGCAUUUUAACUGUUCGAUGAAGCACUUGCAGGAUUUGAAGGUUUCUAUGUAAGUCAUGAGCCGGCAAAGAUACCCUGACAUAAUUUAUUCGAAAAGACAAGCACUUCCACAAUGGCUGCUACACGUUUAACUAGGAUUCAGCAUCUUGUGCCAAUGUUUUUAGAGAUAUAUCACGGGUGUGUAGGUCUGUUUUGUGUCAACAAAGACCAAAAGGUUUAAAAAAAUGAAGAUGAGCUUUAGUCAAAAUGGUGCCAGCAGGAAGCAGAAUGCACAAGCUAUUCGCAGUAGGCGAAGGGGGGAGGAUGAGACUACAUCACCAUCUGUGAGGAGGGUAAGGUGGAGAUAAAAAAAGAAACACACACACACACACACUGGACACACACACUCCCGCUGCCAGUCUGUCUGUAAUCUCUGUCUGACUGCCAGCCUCUGCAUCACAGCAGCUUAAUGAAACGCUGCAGCCGCCUCCAUCGCAAACGAUGGACUCAGAAAAUCCCCCUCUGGCACACACACACACACACACACACAACAUGGCACGCUCAGCCUCGUGCAGACAUGAUGCCUAUAGGCGCUGACCUGCUUACUGAUUUGAAUGCAGAGUAAAGCAACAGAGGACAUAAGGACAGGCUGCUGCUAGUAGAUACAGAACAUCAGGACAAUGGCUCAUUUCUGUUGUUUUUUGCAGCCUAAUCUUUAAAUCUUUCAUGUGUUUGUCAUCCUGUGUUUUUUUUAUUAGUAGUAUGUCUUUUCUUUUUUAACCUGAAAGCUUAUGCAAAAUAAGUCUUAAGUGAUUCCUGAAUUAUGUUUUUGUAAGCAAAACCUGCUGCAUUUUGAUGCCGUGGCAAAAUAGCAAUAGAGAAGAAUGAUCCUCCUUUUUCAAAAUGUGUUUUGUGUAAAAGAAAUCCCUCCAUGAGUUGUUCUGAAACCCCAGCGUGUCGAGUGCUAAAGCUUAAAAACGCACAGUCGCCUUAUGGGCGAAGCCAUAGCGGCUAAUGCACAAAGCCAAGGAAUAAAUUACCCUGCCAAGGAAGACCGGGAUGAAAAGAAGCUGCCAGUGGAUCAGAUUAGAGUGUCAGCCUGGUGUCAGGGCCUGUAUAGGAGGAGGACUAACAAAAGACCAUGAGAUGUCCUCCAGACCUCUGGUGUUGGCCCUGUAUGCAUUUCUGAAACAAUAAAGAAAGAUUGUAAUCGACAUAAAAAGGAAUAAAAUGCCUUAUACCAAUCAUUGUUAGGGACAUCCCAUGAGUGUGUGUUGUUGUCAUUCUAUUUUGGAAGUGGACGUUUUAGAAGUAAAAUAAAUAUAUUUUAUGA